AUGCCAAAGCGUUGCUUCAAACUGGGUAUGCAAGGGCAAUUCGCUGGCACCGCUAUGGUGAUGCACGCCCCCCAAACCCACCACGCGAGACAACGCCUGCCGUGUACUCGCUCAUAUCAACUAGCGCGUUACGGAAAUCAUUACAGGCGUGAUACGGUAUGUAACCAUGAUCCCUGCGAAGAACUUGGUUUCGGUCAUCUGUCCCCCGUUGCCACAAUCCACAGCUACGACGAUGACUUCGCCGCCUUGGUCGAACGCGCGGUAGCAUUGGCCGAGGCCGGUGACUUCCACCAAGCCGCCCAGGGCUUCCGGGACGCCCUCGCGGCCGCAUCACGGGGCGCCGCCACGGCCUUCGGUCCCGCGCCGGCGGACAUGAUACACGCUGUCGCCGGCAGCGGCUGCAGUGGCGACCCUGGCUCUUCGCCCACCACCGCCGGCGCAGCGGCACAGACUGCAGCGGAUUGUCCUUUGACUGUGGAAGCUCACGCAUGUGCUCGCGGCCUCACCGCUGCUGGCGCGAGUGCAGGACGUGUCGAUGGCGGCCUCAGCUCCGGAUCUGGCGGUGUCGGGUCCGCGCCUGGUGGACGUGCGCACGGCCGGCAGAAGGUGGCGGAAGUCCAUGAUAUGUUGGCACAGUGCCUGAUGGACAUCGCGGUGACGGCAGAGGUGGAGGAAGGAGAAGCCAAUGAGGCGGAUGCGAUGGCCAGGGCCGGGAAUACGGAGGCCGAGGCUGGGCUAGCGGUGGAGCAGUUGCAGAUGCCGGCGCUAGCGGUUUGGGAGGAGGCGCUGUACCACGCAGCUGAGGCAUGCAGGUUGUCACCCCAGUGGGUGCCGGCGCGUCUGACAUACGGCCGCUGCCUGCGGAACUGCGGACUUUUGGAGGAAGCGUUGCGGGAGCUUAACAGCGCGGUGCAGAUUUUGGAGGGGAACCGUUGCGCCAGUGGCCGCGGCGAACCCUCGGCGUCAAGAUUGGCGAUGACGGUGGAAUCGGGAGCGAAGGUAGCUGCGACGGCAGCCGAACCGUACCUCACCCCACUUCCCGGGGAACCGUCAGCCGUACGGUUGAGUUGCGGCCGCUAUCACCAGCACCAGCCUGUGCCAGAAGCGCUGGCGGCUCGGGAAGGAACUCUGGUGCCGUACGAGUAUGGAGAUGCGGGCCCUUGCACGACGGAUUCGGAUCGGGAUCUAGGUUUGAUGGCUGAGGUGGUGGAGGAGCUCGCGGAGGUUUCCGAGCUCUGGCAGCAGCGGCUAGCGCGCCAUGUGGGGCUGCGCGGGCUUCAGGUCCAGCAGAACGCUGGUCUUGUCGGUGAGGGUCCGGGGCGGCGUGUGUGGGAGUGCGGCAUAGUGCUGGCGGCGUAUCUCGUGCGAUGCAUGGCGCCCAGCCGCCUUGCAGACUUAUCACCAGUGCUGCCAGCGGCGAUGGCUUGUUUGAAUUCCAACGCCGCGCUCAUUGAAGCGGCCGGCGGCAGCGCGGAGGAAUUCAUGACGAUUCCACCAUCCGUCAACCUAUACGAGUGCUCGCUGGUGCGCUUUCCUCGACAAGUGAGACUGGGUCGGAGACAUAAGGUUGUGUAG